AUGGAGGUUGAUUUUCUCCCCUUUGUAUGUGAUGGCUGCUCAGGAGUCUUUUGCCUUCAGCACAGAAGCCGGGAUUCUCAUGGCUGCUCUGAGGUGAACAUAAAAAGUGAGAAUGUGAAAUCGGAUCAACCCAGAUCUUACCCAUGCACAUAUAAGGACUGUACUGGAAAAGAGCUUUUACCAGUUGUAUGCCCUUACUGUGAAAAACAAUUUUGCUUAAGACACCGUCAUCAGUCAGACCAUGAGUGUGAGAAACUGGAAACUCCUAAACCUCGAAUGGCAGCCACUCAGCAGCUAGUUAAAGAUAUUAUAGAUUCUAAAAAAAGGGAAGAAGUAAAAAGUAAGAAACGAAAAGGAGCAAAAAGCAGUGAAACAGCAGCCAAGGUGGCACUAAUGAAACUGAAAAUGCAUGCAUGUGGGGACAAGUCCUUGCCACAGACGGAAAGAAUUUACUUCCAAGUGUUCUUACCUAAAGGAAGCAAAGAAAAAAGCAAACCCAUGUUCUUUUGCAGUCAGUGGAGUAUUGGCAAAGCAGUAGAUUUUGCAGCUUCGUUAGCAAGCCUAAAAAAUGACAACAACAAAUCAACAGCCAAGAAAUUGCGUCUAUGUCACACUGUAUCUGGAGAAGUGCUGCCAUUUGACCACACAUUGGAAACCUGGAUAGCUGAUAAAGAGUGUCCGUUAUAUAACGGUGGAAACAUUAUUCUGGAAUAUCUUGAUAAUGAAGAUCAGUUCAUAGAAGACACAGAUUCAUACUUAGAGUAGUUGAUCAGUAAAUUGCAUGGAAAAUACAGAUCAUCAAAAAACACCAAGCUAAGUUGAAGCACAACUGGUGCUUGUAUUUUUCCCUCAGGUAGACAGUUCCUGUUCACAUCAAAUGGAUGGAGUUAUAUCUGCAGAACUGACAACAAAACUGAACCCUUUGAAAAAUGGGUCCUUAUUUUUAACAAGGACAAGUUGUAAUUAUUUCACUUAAAAACAGUUCAGCACAUGUAAUGCACUGAUAUUGUUGAAUUUAAAUGUUUACAAAACAGAAAUUCUUCCUUUUACAAACAACAUAAAACAUACUAGUAAAUUAAACAUCUACCAACAAGGAGAAUGCAUUAGAAAUCAGAUUUUUUUCUUUGUUUUAUUGUACUGCCAUUAUGCAACACAAUAAGGAUUUUUUUUUAA